AUGAGGCCGCUCACGGACGUCGAGACGCAGACCCUUUUCACGAAGCUCGCCAACUACACGGGCCGCUCGCUCACGCAGCUGAUAGCGCCCGAGGGCGACUCGUCCGGCAACGACACCACCAGCAACGAUCGCAGCGUCUUCCGCUUGCACGAGUCUCGAGUCUACUACGUGCGGCUCUCACUCGCGAACCUGGCGACGUCCAUCGCGCGCGACAACCUCCUCUCCCUCGGCACCUGCGUGGGCAAAUUCACCAAAACUGGCAAAUUCCGCCUGCACAUCACGGCGCUCGAUGUGAUCGCCCCACACGCCCGCUACAAGCUGUGGGUGAAGCCCAACGGCGAGAUGCCAUUCCUGUAUGGCGGCAACGUCGUCAAGGCCCACGUCGGGAGAUGGAGCGAAGACUGUCCCGAGCAUUCGGGCAUCGUUAUCUUGGCCAUGGACGAUACGCCGCUGGGGUUCGGGGUUACCGCGAGAUCGACCGCUGAGGCGAGAAAGUUGGAUCCUACGUCUGUGGUCGCCUUCAGGCAGGGCGACGUCGGCGAGUAUCUGAGAGAAGAAGAUACUCUGUUCACCACCUGA